UGUUGCACAACACUUUCGUGAAAGGACAACUUCACAAUUUAAUACAAUUUGUGAAAAUGUGAAAACCAUCAUUGUUAAAGAAGCACCACUUUGUCUUUUUUGUUUUUUUAGGUUAUCAAACCAAGACGAACAAUACGUUUACAAAAAGAUUAUUUAUUGAUUGUCUUCCAGGGGACGUUUGUGGAAAAAUAAUUCAAGCAGAAAAGAACUUGGUCUCCGAAUGUACUUGUGUCAUUAUGUUGUGGAAAUUCAAUGUGAAUAAAAUUGUAGCUAAGUAAAUUAAAACAAUUUUUUUAAAAAGAUGAGUUUUGUAGCAAACUCAUCUAGGACAAUCAGUGACGUCGUCGUCGUUGUCGUUGAGCGGAUCUUAAAACGGCAGAGGUGAGAACUCGCCCACCCUGAGGACGUCAUCCAGAGAACGGGAGGCGCUACAAUGAAGGUUCCGGAACCGGAAGUGAUGAGUGACAUUCUGAAGCGGCUCACCGGGGAGUCCGCUCUGCCUCUGUACUGCAGCAUCGAGAAGUUCAAGCGGAGCAGAGACGGGCUGUACUACGUGGCCGAGGACUUCAACGAAACCGUGAAGAAGAGAGAGCUGGUCAACGCCAAGGAGCGACUCCGGAUCAGGAACUUGAAUGCCAUGUUCUCCCGUUUGAAACGCAUGGUUCCCCUAAUGCGGCCUGACCGCAAGCCGAGCAAAGUGGACACGCUCAAAGCCGCCACCGAAUACAUCCGGCUGCUGCUUGCCGUUUUGCGUGAUACGGAAAAUAAUGAUGGCAUGGGGACUGAUUUCCUGAAGAAUGCAAUCACUUACAGUCAGACUGAAGGCCUCGGCAGUGACUUGUGGAGAAUGGAUGAUCUGCUGAACAUAGACGAUCACCUGGAAGACGGCUUCACUUUGCCUCCAGAACCGGCGCCAGAGGACGGUGAAAUGCCCAAGCUGGUGUUGCAACAGUGUGUGAUGCCUGCAUAUCAGCUCAUCAUCCAAGUUGCUCCUGAUCAAGCUCCGAUGUCCCAGCCUUGAUGGGUACUUUGAUCAGAUUGGUUGAACCAGCAUUAAAACGUCUGCCAGGAGCUGAUUCGAAGAAAUCCUUGAGAAGAAAUCUUUUUUUUUUUUUUUUUUGGCUUUAUUUAAUACUUUUGUUCAAAUCAAAAUUUCAUUGUAAAUAUACCUGUUUUGUUUCCUUUUUUAGCCCACUGGAUGUAGAACAUUUAUGUUGUAGUAAAGCUUAAGAAAUA